AUGAAGUCUGUAAGGGAUACCAAUGAGAAACUAUUCUACGAGUUGAUGGCUUCAGACGUGGAGAAGUACUUGCCUCUUGUUUAUACCCCCACUGUGGGUUUGGUUUGUCAAAGAUUCGGCUUAGUGUACAGAAGGCCUCGCGGACUCUUUGUAACAAUCCACGAUAAAGGAAAGAUUCAACGAAUUCUUCGGAAUUGGCCAGAAAGCAAAGUGCGUGCAAUUGUUUUUACUGACGGCGAGAGGAUAUUGGGCCUAGGCGAUCUUGGUGCCUACGGUAUGGGUAUACCAGUGGGCAAACUGUGCCUCUAUACGGCACUAGCUGGUGUUCCACCUUCACAAUGCUUACCUAUAACUUUGGACGUGGGCACAAAUAACCAGUUCGAAGAUUUUGCACUUGCGAACGCUACCCGACUUCUGGAUAAAUAUAAGAAUUGUUUUUGCACGUUUAAUGAUGAUAUUCAAGGCACUGCGAGUGUGAUGGUAGCUGGUAUGCUCGCUGCAUGUAGAAUUACAAAGAAAAAAUUACAAGAAAAUGUGUAUUUAUUCCUCGGAGCUGGAUCUGCUGGCGUUGGCAUUGCAAACCUCUUAUGUGAUGCAAUGGUGGAAGAGGGAACUUCCAAGGAGGAAGCAGUAAAGAAAAUAUACUUGUUUGACGUUGAUGGCCUCCUGUCGACCAGGCGACAAGGUGGUAUACCGCCACACGCUACUAUAUACGGCAAGGACAUGGAACCGUCAAACGACUUCGGAGCACUAGUGAAGAGUCUGAAGCCAACUUGCCUCAUUGACGUUGCUACGGUAUAUCCCAAGCCGAAAAAUAUAGAUGAGUUCGUCGAAAAUUACACUUACACUACAAAAUACGCGAACUUCUUACCAGAGAUGUACAAUUAUCCAUCCGCCGGAGCUGACAUUAAAGUGAAGACAAUAAACGAAAUGAUGGCUAUGUUGUGA